CAUUUUGAGUCAGCAGUACUCAAAACGCUGUAGUGUUUCAGACAACACCUGUUUACAUCUCGUAAAUCUUUUACAGGGGUGUCAAGUAGCUCCUGGGUUUUUUAAAAAAAGGAAUGAAGGGUGCCGCUGCCCAAGAGGCGGGGCCAGGCAAUGGUGACCCUUCACUUUCCCAGGUCUAUGCCCCGCCUCCAUCAUAUCCUCCACCUGGACAAGGCCCACCCACACCUGCUGCCCGGCUGCCACCUCUCGAUUUCAGCGCUGCUCAUCCAAGCUCUGAAUAUUCAGAUCAUCAUCAGUUGAGAGUCUAUCAAGGCUCUCAGCAUGACGGGACAGAGUCUAUAACUGCCAAUAACACGGACGAUUCUUUAGCGCCUGUGACAUCUGACCCACAGUCUCUCAGUGUUUCUGUGGCGUCUGGAAGUGCAACAGGAAGUGGAACUGAGGAGGAAGGAGCUGGAAAGGCUCAACCCAAAAGGCUCCAUGUUUCCAAUAUCCCUUUUAGGUUUCGGGACCCAGACCUCAGGCAAAUGUUUGGGCAAUUUGGCAAGAUUCUAGACGUGGAGAUCAUCUUUAAUGAGAGAGGAUCAAAGGGUUUUGGAUUUGUGACAUUUGAAAGUGCAGUGGAAGCAGAUCGAGCGAGAGAGAAGCUCAACGGAACAAUCGUCGAAGGAAGGAAGAUUGAGGUGAACAACGCCACAGCGAGGGUGGUAACAAAAAAGCCUCAGACGCCAUUAGUGAACGCUACUGGGUGGAAAAUCAAUCCAGUAAUGGGAGCCAUGUACGCCCCUGAACUUUACACAGUUGCCAGCUUUCCUUACCCUGUUCCCACACCGACCUUGGCCUACAGAGGCUCUGCCCUCCGUGGACGUGGUCGGGCAGUUUACAAUACAAUCCGUUCAGCUGCAGCCGCCGCCACACCAGCCGCAGUACCAGCCUAUCCAGGAGUGGUGUAUCAAGAUGGAUUGUAUGGUGCUGAGGUCUAUGGAGGAUAUCCAGCCACAUAUCGAGUGGCCCAGUCCGCCUCAGCAGCUGCAGCAGCCACAUACAGUGAUGGAUACGGAAGAGUGUAUACCACAGCAACAGACCCCUACCAUCACUCAGUGGGACCCACCACCACUUAUGGAGUUGGAACAAUGGCAAGUUUGUACCGUGGAGGCUACAACCGCUUUACUCCAUACUGAAUAAAAUCAGCUCUGUGACUCACGUCUGACAAACAAAGAGACUUUCGCUUGCUGUGUGAACUGCUAUCUGCUAUCUGCGUUUGGUCUUGAGAUUGUAAAAACUGCUAGUAUUUAUUAGGGAAAAAAUGUGAAUCCAGGCUGAAAAUAUAAUGAAUUAUAUUUAAGGACUUUUAUUUAAUUCUUAAUUUAAGAAAAUACCCCACCC